AUGAAUAGUAGUACGCCAAAUUUGCCGGCUUCUCUCUCCAUAUUUGCCGGAUCUGCAAAAUGCCGCUGGGAAUGCCGUAGGUUGGAGCAAAAUGGGCAACUCCAAACCUAUUUUGCCAUAGGUUGGAGAUGGUCUUAUCGAUCUAAUUUGACGAUUACAUUUCAACGUAUAAUUAUAUCAAUGUUCUAUCUUAUCAUCAUUCUUUUUCUUUCUCUACCAGCGGCGGCAUUGUCAAAUCUCGCCGCUGAAAGGUCCGCACUCCUCUCCUUCCGUUCCGCCGUCGGAGGUCGUACUCGAUUCUGGAACACCUCUUUUCAAACUCCAUGUCAAUGGCCCGGAGUUGAAUGCAAUGACGACACGGUAACAGCUCUCCGCCUUCCAGGUUAUUCACUUUCCGGUCAUAUCCCAAUCGGAACUGUUGGAAAACUCACCGGCCUUAAAACACUCAGUCUUCGUUUCAAUAAACUCUCUGGUUCUCUACCUUCAGAUCUAUCAUCUUGUUCCGAGCUUCGUAGUCUCUAUCUUUAUGGAAACCGUUUAUCAGGAGAAUUGCCGGAAUUCUUGUUUACUCUUAAUCGUUUAGUUCGUGUUAACCUAGCUGGGAACGAGUUUUCAGGUAAUAUUCCAAUUGGAUUCAAUAAUCUGUUCAGAAUAAGGACUCUGUAUCUAGAUCACAAUGAAUUAACAGGUUCAAUUCCUGACCUAAUCCUUUCAAAUUUAGCACAAUUCAAUGUUUCCUACAAUAGAUUAACCGGAUCAAUUCCGAAAAGCCUUCUGUCAAUGCCGGCAAAUUCAUUCAUCGGAAAUUCUCUCUGUAAUGGACCUUUCAAACCUUGUUCAAUCAACACCACCACCACUGCUCCUCAGACCAUAUCUCCUUCUCAUGUUAACAUAACAUUCAACAACACGAUGAACAACACCAAUAAGAAAGGUAUACCAGGAGGUGUUGCAAUUAUAAUAGUAUCAAUUCUCGUAUUCAUCUUCCUGAUUCUAGUACUAUUCUUCUUCUGUUGCUACAAAAAGAGUAAUAAUCAGAAGACAAGUCCUGUAAUCAAUGAGAUUUCAGGAAGAGAGGAGAAUAAGAUAGUGUUUUUUGGUAAUUCGGAUUGGGUUUUUGAUUUGGAGGAUUUGCUUAGUUCUUCGGCGGAGGUUUUAGGGAAAGGAAUGUUGGGAACGGCGUAUAAGGUGGUGUUGGAGACUGGUUAUACGGUGGCGGUGAAGAGAUUGAAAGAGGUUCCAUUAUCGGAAGUUGAGUUUACAAAGAAGAUUCAGGUGGUUGGAGCAAUGGAUCAUCAAAACCUGGUUUCUAUUAGAGGUUAUCAUUACUCUAAGGAAGAGAAACUUAUUCUCUUUGAUUUCAUGCCCAUUGGAAGCCUAUCUGCACUUCUCCAUUUUGGAAACACUCCUCUAAACUGGGAGAAAAGAUUGAACAUCGCCCUCGGUUCAGCUCGCGGAAUCGAAUACAUCCACAAUAAAAUCCCUCAAAUUUCCCACGGAAACAUAAAAUCGUCGAACAUUCUCUUAACCAAGUCAAACGAAGUUCGUGUAUCUGAUUUCUGCCUCAACCACCUCAUUAGGCCUUCGUCAUCUUCUUCCAACCUCACUCGAUUUUCAGGAUAUCGUGCACCAGAAGUAAUCGAACCCCACAGAGUCUCCCAACAAGCGGAUGUCUACAGUUUUGGUGUGCUCGUUAUGGAGCUUGUAACAGGAAAGGCACCCACAAAUGGGCUUAUGAAUAAGGAUGGUUUUGAUCUUCCUAGAUGGAUUCGGUCUAUUGUUAAGGAACGUUGGAUUAAUGAAGUUUUUGAUAACAAACUUACGAAAAGCGACAGUGUGGAGGAGGAGGAGGAGAAAAUGGUUCGGUUGUUGCAACUUGCGGUGGAUUGUACUGCUCAGUAUCCGGACAUGCGACCUUCAAUUUCUGAGGUUAGAUACAAGAUUGAAGAUCUACUAUGGGAUCCAGAAUUUUGAAAUGUUAUCUUCUUAUUCAUGUUUAAUUUU